AUGGAGUUUCUAACAGCAUUGGAGGCAAAUCCUGUGGAUAUUUUCAAACUUUCCAAGGACGAAGAUGCCGUGGACAAGUUCAACAAUGUAACCAAAGUGCUUUUGGAUAAGAUUGCAUCCGAUCAUUCUGUGUUAGACGAAAUUUACGUGGAGGGCUUGGAUGCGUCGCAGGUGUUUGGUCAGGCUCAGAUGGUUCUUCUGGGAGUUGGUGAGUCGUUGCUUUUCGAAAAAAUCCCUCAGCUCAGAGAGAAGUAUGGCAGUGGAGAACAAGACCAGGAUGAUGAUGCAGACGAAGAUGAAGAUGAAGACGAUGAUGAACAGCAACAGCAUGUUAAUGAGGAAAAAUCGUCUAGUGAGGAGGAAUUCUAUCUGAUGGAUGAGUAUGAAGAGAACCAGAACGACAUUGAACAGCCAGAGAUUGAAGACGAAGAGUCUGAAGAAGAGAAGGUUUCUGGAGAGGAAAACGUAUCUGGCGAAGAAGACGAAGAUGCAUCUGAUGCUGAGUCCGAGCAGACCAAGGUUCCUUCUGAUAAUGAAGAGGAAAUCGAGCCUAGGAAGGACGUUUUUGGCCUCAACGAUGGAUUUUUCGACAUUGACGAGUUCAACAAACAAAUCAUAGCUCUUGAAGACGAGAAUCUCGGAGAUGAUGACGAGGAAAUUGACUUCUUUGCUGAUUUGAGCGAGGAUGACACUGAAGGCGAAGAAAUGGAGUAUUACGACGAGUUCUUCGACAAACCAGGUGCCACCAAAAACAGCAAGCAGAAAACAAAAGAAGACACUAACCAAGAAAGCGAAGAUGAUUUUGACGGCGAGCUUGAAGACAAGGAAUACGACCAGGCUGUGGAUUCGGCUAUGCUCGAUCUUUUUGCAGACGAGGAAGAGGAAGAGGGCACCAAAGAUGACUCCAAGAUGUCCACAUUCGAGAAGCAGCAAAAGCAACUUCAAUCCGAAAUUGCUAACCUCGAGGCCGAGCUUGUGGCCGAGAAGAAGUGGACCAUGAAGGGUGAGGUUCGGUCCAAGGACCGUCCCGUGGACUCGCUUUUGGACGAUGAAGAGGCUCCAACCUUGGAAUUCGACCGUACUUCCAAGCCUGUACCAGUAAUUACUGAGGAGGUCACUGAAAGCAUCGAGGAUCUCAUCAAGCGCAGAGUUCGUAAUGACGAGUUUGAUGAUUUGCCCAAACGUCUUAUCACCGACGUAUCCAAGUUUGUUCAGAGACAAAAAACAGAGGUAUCGGACCAGAAGAGCAGCAAGUCUUUGGCAGAAAUUUACGAGGACGAGUACCAUGGUGUUGAUCCAGACCAGAAAAUCUCCGAUGAAGUUCAACAGGCACAUGACGAGAUCUCCGACCUUUUUACGUCGCUUAAUUACAAACUCGACCUGUUAUGUCUGGCACACUAUGUUCCAAAGCCACAUGAGUUCAAGACCAUUGAUAUCAAGGUCACGGACGCUGCUGCCUCCAUUUCCAUGGAGGAUGCUCAACCAUUGCAUAUUUCAGAUGAAGCCAAGCUUGCUCCUCAAGAGGUGUAUAAGAUCGGAGAUGAUAAAGUGAAGGCUGAUGGAGCCCGUGGAGUGUCACAAGUGCUGUUGAAAUCGGGAUUGGCAUACUCCAAGGACGAAUUGAGCCGAGAUGACAAGCAGAGAUUGAGAAGGGCCAAAAAGAGAGCCAAGUCAAAGCAUUUCAAUGAGUUGAAGGAGUCCAGAGAGCAGAAAGAGAAACAGACACCUCAGGGAGGCGAGAGAAAGCGUCAAAAGGUUGGCGAGGUGAUCGACACUUUGUCCAAGGCCAAGAAUGUUACUGUUAUUGAUAAGAAGGGACAAUUAAGAGAUGCUCUGGGUAAGUUGAAGAAGGCUGAGGGUGUACAGACGGGCAGUCUGUUCCGGUUGUAA